AUGUCUGACUGUGACAUCUGUUUAGCGGUGGGUCUGGUUGGUUGGUCGCAGGACUCAAUCAGGAGCUCGUUCAGAACUGGCGAGGAUAUCCAAGCAGCAAUCAAUGUGCUCAGGGCCCUACCCCACGAACAGCGGAUACACUUUCUUGCGGCGUUCGAGCCUAUUCGUGUGGUAGACUUCGAUGAUCAGGGCUGGAUUACGCUGGAUAAUCGUCGUCUCUAUAUAUUCAGAUCCCUUCUAUUGCCGAGAACGCCCAUGUCUAUGAGGAUCACGACAUACGAAGAGGCUCAGGAGCUGAGGUACAAACUCACGACCACGGAUGAGGGCGCAACUAUUGUUGUUCGAUCUAAUCGAAAUUCCUGA